AAAGUAAAUCAAUCAGUACCUUCAACGUGGCCCAUUAAGGCCCAUCCAAUUGGCUACUUCCACUUUUCUUUAUAUCUCAUAUUCCGGCGACAUUUCCCCGAUAAUAUUCUGCUCCGGUAGGCGGUCUACAAUGGCGAAAAUCUCCGUUCUUUCUAGUAUAUUUUUCAUUAUCUCUUUCUGCCUAACUCCGGUGGCCAUAUCCGUCCAAUCCGACGGCCAUGAAACCUUCAUCAUUCACGUAGCCAAAUCCGACAAACCCCAUGUCUUUUCCACUCAUCACCAUUGGUACUCUUCCAUCGUCCGAUCUAUUUCUCCGCCCUCUCACCACCGUUCUAAAAUCCUCUACACCUAUGAACGCGCCGCAGUGGGUUUCUCCGCCCGUCUUACCGCUGGGCAGGCUGAUCAGCUCCGCCGUGUUCCUGGUGUUAUCUCUGUCAUUCCUGACCAAGUCCGGUAUCUCCACACCACCCAUACCCCCACCUUCUUAAAACUUGCUGACUCCUUCGGUCUCUGGCCUGACUCGGACUACGCCGAUGAUGUCAUUGUUGGGGUUCUGGAUACGGGUAUUUGGCCGGAAAGACCGAGCUUUUCCGAUGAGGGGUUAUCUCCGGUUCCCGCAGGUUGGAAAGGGAAAUGCGUGACUGGACCGGGUUUUCCGCGAAGUUCAUGUAAUCGGAAAAUUAUUGGUGCUCGGAUGUUUUACAAAGGGUAUGAAGCUUCACAUGGUCCAAUGGACGAAUCAAAAGAAGCGAAAUCACCGAGAGAUACUGAAGGUCAUGGAACACAUACAGCAUCAACUGCAGCUGGUUCAUUGGUAGCAAAUGCAAGUUUUUACCAAUUUGCUAAAGGUGAAGCUAGAGGAAUGGCGAUUAAAGCUAGAAUAGCUGCUUACAAGAUUUGUUGGAAAGAUGGUUGCUUUGAUUCCGAUAUACUGGCUGCCAUGGAUCAAGCUGUUGCUGAUGGUGUUCAUGUGAUUUCACUUUCCGUCGGAGCUAACGGAUAUGCUCCACAUUACCUCCGUGACUCCAUCGCCAUCGGAGCUUUUGGUGCCUCCGAACAUGGGGUCCUCGUCUCAUGCUCAGCUGGAAAUUCCGGUCCCGGCCCUUACACAGCAGUGAACAUUGCCCCGUGGAUCCUUACAGUUGGUGCUUCAACCAUAGACCGAGAGUUUCCAGCUGAUGUUAUUCUAGGAGACGAUAGAGUAUUUGGUGGCGUUUCCUUAUACUCCGGCAAUUCCUUAACCGAUUCCAAAUUUCCCGUGGUUUAUUCCGGUGAUUGUGGUAGCAAAUACUGUUAUCCAGGAAAGCUGGACCAUAAAAAAGUCGCCGGUAAAAUUGUCCUCUGCGACAGAGGAGGCAACGCUAGAGUUGAAAAAGGAAGUGCAGUGAAGCUGGCAGGUGGGGUAGGGAUGAUACUAGCUAAUUUAGCUGAUUCCGGUGAAGAACUCGUUGCAGAUUCACAUCUUCUCCCGGCGACAAUGGUCGGUCAAAAAGCCGGAGACAAAAUAAGAGAAUACGUCACGUCUGAUACAUCACCAACAGCUACAAUCGUAUUCAAAGGAACCGUGAUCGGAAAUUCACCAGCGGCGCCGCGUGUGGCGGCGUUCUCAAGCCGCGGACCGAAUCAUUUAACGCCGGAGAUUCUUAAACCGGAUGUUAUUGCACCCGGCGUCAACAUUUUAGCCGGUUGGACCGGAGCUAAUGGUCCAACCGAUUUAGCAAUUGACCCGAGAAGAGUGGAAUUUAAUAUUAUUUCAGGGACUUCCAUGUCGUGUCCUCACGUUAGUGGAUUAGCUGCUUUACUUAGAAGGUCCCACUCAAAGUGGACCCCAGCAGCCAUAAAGUCAGCACUCAUGACAACAGCUUAUAAUUUGGACAAUUCAGGUAAGAUAUUUACUGAUCUUGCCACUGGUGAAGAGUCAACACCUUUUGUUCAUGGAUCCGGGCAUGUGGAUCCGAACCGAGCAUUGGAUCCGGGUUUGGUUUACGAUAUUGAAACCAGUGACUACGUGAACUUCCUAUGCACCAUUGGCUAUGACGGCGACGAUAUCGCGGUGUUUGUGAGAGAUUCUUCUCGGGUGAAUUGUAGUGAACGGAGUUUGGCUACUCCGGGAGAUCUGAAUUACCCGUCGUUCUCCGUUGAUUUUACCAGUGAUAGUAACGGUGUGGUGAAAUACAAGCGUGUGGUGAAGAAUGUAGGGGGGGAUUCAAAUGCUGUGUAUGAAGUGAAGGUGAAUGCACCUUCAGCUGUGGAGGUGAGUGUGUCGCCGGCGAAGCUUGUUUUCAGUGAGGAAACUAAUAGUUUGUCAUAUGAGAUUAGUUUUACGAGUAAAAGAAGUGAAGAUAUUAUGGUGAAGGGGAUUCAAUCUGCGUUUGGAUCGAUUGAAUGGAGUGAUGGGAUUCACAGUGUGAGAAGUCCGAUCGCAGUGCGUUGGCGAUUCCAAUCUGCUGUGUCCAUGUGAGUAGUUGGAUCAUUGUGACUGAGGAACUAUUAUGCUUUAUUGAAGACAAAUAAAUUGGACUGAUGGCAAACUGGAAGAGGAAAAUACCAUUGACGUUUUAUUUGGUUUCGCUUUCUUUACAUUUUUUUCUUUUCUUGUUUUGGAUGUUUUUCAGAUUGAUGUACGUAUGAAUGAAGCAUGUCAAAUUGUUCCAGAGUU